AUGGAAUGGAUGAGAGUGAAGCUAGGCUUUGAAGGAUUAUUUGUGGUAGAGCCGGUUGGAAGGAGUGAGGGCUUGGCUUUAUUUUGGCGGGUGGCGGAGGAAUUAGAAAUACAAAAUUAUUCAAGGCGCCAUAUUAGUGCCAUAGUUAAGUUGUCAGAUAAUGUGGUCCCAUGGAAGUUCACCGGGUUCUAUGGACAUCCCGAUCCUACCAAAAGGGCAGAAUCAUGGUCCCUACUAUCACACUUGAAAGUCUAUGCCUCGGUCUCGUGGCUUUGUGUAGGAGACUUUAAUGAAAUAACUAACCAAUCCGAGAAGACGGGAGCUAGUCGGCGAAGAGAGAGGCAAAUGGAAGCUUUUCGGACCGUGUUGGAGGAAUGUCAUUUGGGGGACUUGGGAUUUUCGGGCCCGAAAUAUACGUGGUCGAACAAACGACAAGAUGCGACAUACACCCAAGAAAGAUUGGAUCGGGCCGUAGGGAAUAGUGGCUGGUGUGCAUUAUACAAAUCAGCUGGGGUACAUGUAAUGGCAGCUAGAGCCUCCGACCAUAACCCGAUCUUAGUCUCUCUAAAUACAAAACAGCCACGGAGUUCAAAAGGAAGGAGGAGUUUCAAAUUUGAGGCAAGUUGGCUUCCAGAUAGUGAAUGUGAGGCUAUUAUUCAAAAUUCUUGGACAGGGAAUGAUGGCGAAGGGGGAGCUUUGUCGAAAAUACGAAGUAAGUUGGAACGGUGUCAAUCACGAUUAAAAUGGUGGAGCCGGGCAAAAUUUGGGAAGAAUGAAAUUUUGGUUAAGGAGAAGACCGAGCUGUUGGAGAAUUUACAAAGGGUGGAGGGCACUGAGCACAAUGCAGCCAUCAAACAGGGGACCGAUGGAAAAGAGGUGUUCUUAGAGGGGAUGCAAGCCACUGUCACCGACGAGAUGAAUUUCAGGUUGCUGACAAAAUUCGAGGCGGUAGAGGUGGACCAAGCAUUGGCGCAAAUGCACCCAUUAAAAUCCCCAGGUCCAGAUGGCUUUUCUGCCUGUUUCUAUCAGAAUUCUUGGAGCACGGUACGUAACGAUGUUUGUCAAGCUGUUCUUGAUUUUUUAAAUAAUGGGAAUUUUGAUGCAGAAAUAAAUGUAACUCAUAUAGCACUUGUCCCUAAAACUAAAAAUCCCUCAAAGGUCACGGAUUUUCGCCCUAUUAGCUUAUGUAAUGUUAUCUAUAAGCUAAUAGCAAAGGUGUUGGCGAAUCGAUUGAAGAGAGUUUUAGGGAUUAUCAUCUCCCCGAACCAAAGUGCUUUUAUCCCUGGGAGACUCAUUACAGACAAUGUCCUUAUUGCUUUUGAGGCCCUCCAUACCAUGGACACACGUUUAGUUGGAAGAGAAGGAUAUAUGGCGUUGAAGCUUGACAUGAGCAAGGCAUACGACCAUGUCGAGUGGGAUUUUUUAGAACUUGCCAUGAAAAGGAUGGGGUUUGCUGAAAGGUGGAUUUUUCUGGUUAUGACUUGUGUACGUACAGUCAAAUAUUCGGUUCUCAUCAACGGGCAGGCCUAUGGGAAUGUUAUACCCUCUAGAGGUCUUCGGCAAGGUGACCCCCUAUCACCUUAUUUUUUCAUAAUAUGUGCAAAGGGGCUAAGCUUCGCUUUACAGAGAAUGGAAGGUGACGGAGGCUUCAUGGGAGUGCCCUUUUCUCGUGGGGGUACAAGGCUCAAUCACCUUUUCUUCGCGGAUGAUAGCCUAUUAUUUUGUAAAGCAAAAGUAGCCGAAUUGAGGUGUCUACAAAGAGUACUUGAGGAUUAUGAGAAAGCUUCAGGCCAAAAGCUAAAUAAAGAGAAGACCUCCAUAUACUUUAGUCGUAAUACCCCUUUGGAGGUUCGAGGGCUCUUAUCAGAACUGGUUGGGGUACCGACGACACAGCGGUAUGAAUCUUACUUGGGCUUGCCAGCGCUAGUUGGGAGAUCCCGCAUUAGAUCUUUUGAUGGGCUUAAAGGGCGUGUCUGGGACAAAAUGCAUGGGUGGAAGGAGAAGUUCCUCUCACAAACUGGGAAGGAGGUGCUUCUAAAAGCUGUGAUUCAGGCAAUCCCGACUUACACUAUGAGUGUAUUUCAACUACCGAAGACUUUGUGCCGAGAGAUUAAUUCAAUGAUGUCUAGAUUCUGGUGGGGGCACAAAGAAAAGGACAAUAAAAUAGCCUGGAUGAGCUGGGAAAAAUUGGGAAGGCCGAAGGAAUUGGGAGGAAUGGGUUACCGCGAUCUGGAAUGCUUCAACAUGGCUUUGCUUGCCAAGCAAGGGUGGAGGUUGAUCCAAAACCCAGAGUCUCUUGUGGCAAAAAUCUUAAAGGAAAAGUACUUCCCUAAUAGUACUUUCCUAGAUGCUCCGCUGGGGAGAAAGCCUUCCUAUGCAUGGCGAAGCAUAUGGAAUGCUAAGGCGUUACUUCGGGAAGGUAUGGUGUGGCGGGUUGGCGAUGGGAACUCUAUAUCUAAAUGGGGAGACAGGUGGUUGCCCACCCAAACCACUCAUGCGGUUCAAACACCCAUUCGGUAUCUUGAGGGGAAUGCUAAGGUAAAGGAGCUCAUAGAUAAUAACACACGGUGGUGGAAUAUCCCAUUGGUGGAAGCCAUUUUUCUACCGGAGGAGGCUAGUACCAUUUGUGGUAUCCCUAUAUGCCCAAGCACACAAGCUGACCGAAUGAUCUGGGGCCCUACCAAGAAUGGGCAAUGUACUGUUCGGAGUGCAUACUAUGUGGCUUUGGAGGCCAGGGAUCGGGAGUUGGGUGGGUGCUCAAAUGGUAGGGCUGUCAGCUCUCUUUGGAAACGAAUAUGGCGUAUUGGAGGCCCUCGGGUGGUGAAGAUGUUUAUAUGGCAAGCUUGUAACAAUAUACUACCAACGAGGGAGAACCUGCAUAAGCGUAAGAUACUGGAGGAUCCCUCAUGCCCAAUUUGUGGCCGAGAAACUGAAACGGUAGGGCACGCGCUAUGGACUUGCCCUGCGGCGAAAGACGUUUGGCACGGAAGUACGAGCAAGAUUAAUAAGAGCCCCAUUGCAGACCUGGAGUUCACGAAAAUCUUUGAAGGAAUGUUGGUUCGUUUAGAUGAAGUGGAAGUUGAUUUGUUUGCAUGCACAGCACGCCAAAUCUGGUUACGCAGAAACAAAUGGGUGUUUGAAUGGGUGUUCUCUUCACCUGUGCAGCUGCUGCAAAGGGCUUCGGACCAGCUGGAAUCCGCUAAGUCUGCUCUUACCAGUAAGCGGCAGAAUGGUCAGCAGGUUCGGCCAACUCCAUCAGAGAAAUGGAAACCACCUCCUUCAGACUUUCUGAAAUGUAACUGGGAUGCAGCCAUUGAUACGGGAGGGAAAAGAAUGGGUGUGGGCCUAGUGGUUCGCAACCAUGAAGGUAAGGUGAUUGCGGCAAAAUGUUUUACCAAGCCGUUUGUCACAGACCCCAUGACAGCAGAGGUGGUUGGGGCAUGGUCAGCAGCCCAGUUUGUUAGGCAACUUGGAAUGGAUCAGAUUAUCCUUGAAGGGGAUUCCCUUGGGGUGGUUCAGAGUCUGCAAGGGGAGGGGAACAGUUGGGCUAUGGCAGGACAAAUGCUUGAUGAUGUGAAGCUCACCCUUGGCAGCUGUCGGGCUUGGCAAGUUCGACAUGUUCGAAGGGAAGCAAACUCGGCAGCAGAUAGAUUAGCCAAGCAUGCGUUGAGUCUGAACGAUGGAUUGGCAAGGGCAAAAGCUAGCGGAGCAGCUGAUGCAAAUACUGCUAUUGGCAUUCGCGGUGGUGGCGUUCGCAACGGGAUAUAUAUUAGGAUCGUUCCAGAUGAUGAUCCUAAUAUUCGCUGGGGGUUUGGUUCUGACCACAUUGGUGACGGUCCCCAAUUGGCCCUUCUUCAAUCGCCACCCGCUCAAUUGGUUGGACCCAAGCGAGGCCGAGAAGCAUCCGAAGCCGCAGCAAGCCGUGCAUUCCAAAAAGAAACCCGCCAAGAAGUAGGUCAGUUGGGCUGA